AUGCCUAAGUUUUCUCAAAAUAAACCGAAGAUUAGUUUGCCUCAGUUUCUCAAAAGAACCCAUAUUCAAACGGGUAAAAGAGAAACAAAGAAAAUAAGCAGUGGACACAAUGGGGAAGGCAAAUUCCCACAAGAAUUAGUGAAAGAUAAAAAGAAAAUUUUGAGUCUUGUUAUUAUUCUCGGUCUUGGGUGCAUUGUCCAAAGCCAGCUUAUUCCACAAUCUGGCAUAACCGUAGCCCAAGAUGGAUCCGGUAACUUCACUACAAUCUCUGAUGCUGUUGAUGCUGCACCAACUUAUAGCAAGCAAACAUAUUAUAUCCAAAUUAAAGCAGGCACCUAUGCUGAGUAUAUUAUUGUUGGAGUAAAAAAGACAAAUAUUGCUUUUAUCGGAGAUGGGAUUGGUGCAACAAUUAUCACUGGCAAUAAGAGCAAUGGUACACACUAUAGUACCUAUGAUUCAGCCACAGUAGAUAUUAUAUUUGGAAAUGCCAAAGUGGUUUUCCAAAAUUGCAGCAUUUUCGUUCAUAAUCCUGGCCAGAGGCAUUCAAAUGUAAUAACAGCACAAGGGAGGGGAACAAGUGAUCAAAUUACUGGGAUUUCCAUCCACAACUGCAAAAUCAUGCCUGCGAAGGACUUCAAUUCCAAUUUAGGGAUAAAGACAUACCUUGGCAGGCCAUGGAGAAAAUUUUCUACUGUGGUUAUAAUGAAAUCCUUCUUAAGUAAUAUAAUAGACCCAGAGGGAUGGCUCAAAUGGAAUAACGCUACUUCUUCCCUCUCCUCAUUGUAUUAUGGAGAAUAUCAUAAUAAGGGUCCUGGAUCUAUCACUGUGAAAAGAGUACGCUGGGAAGGAGUACAUAAAGCCAUGAAUAUAGUCGAAGCUGAAAAUUUCACGGAUUUGAUUGGAAGUAGGGGCUCAAGGCCCUUACUUCCUUUGAAAUUCUGA